GCUUGUUUGCUUGUGUAUUUUGGACAUUGUACUGCAUUAAUGAAACUGCACAAUUUAAGGCUGCAGUAAUGAGAAAACGGAACAAAUGUACACUCACACACACCCGCAUGCACGCACGCAUACAUUGAAAGUGCAAUAACUUGACCCUGAACUGUGUUUGUGUGUAUCUGCGUGGCGGGUGUGUGAAUAAUAGUCUCGCUGAGGCAGGAGAGAUGGAAGCCAGAGCUCGCUCCUGAAUCCCCCAAACACACAGCCGGCCAGCCAGACGCACGCACACGCAUCCACAUAGACAUAAAUAUACAUGCACCGAACCAAAAGUAACUCACACACACACACGCACACACACAAUGAAGCUCAGCGAGACUAUUGAAGCUCACACAUACACACAAGGCCAUGACUCUGCACCUUCUAGUCGCUGCCUUUAUCUCCCCACUGUUCACCAACAAGCCUCGUAAGCCCCUGAUGCAUUGUUCCUGCAGACACACACGUAUAGACACACAUACGGACAGACAAAUACACAAUCAUGGACUUGCACACACUUCUGCUGCAUAAGCACUGUACCUCAGGGGUACCAGUGUUGGCACCAACACAGAAACCGAGAGGGAGAGUGGGACGGUGUUUAUGUGGAUGGGGUGGUCAUGGUCGCGCAGGGGUGGGGUUAGUUUUCCUUUAGAGAGGCAGGGCUCUGUGCGUGUGUGUAUUAUUUUCGCACGGGUGUGGCUUUACAUCACUGAGAUGCUGCCGGCAGAAUGUCCGCCCCCGUCUCGGACUACUCGGAUCCCGAUCCCAACCACCUAGACCUGGCCGCUUAUCUCCGGAGCGGCCGACCCGCCUCUGGAGAGCACACCACGUCAAGACCCGCAAUGUUCGCCAUGGAGAUCAACGUUCAGCACGACCCGAAGACCGGCGAGCAGCGCAUCCUGUCGGCCAAUCGCGUCAGCCCGUUGGAGGCGGCUUUGCGGGGGGUCAAGGUCUACGACGAUGGCAGGAAAGUCGUCUACGAGGUCACGUCCUCUGGGGGCGUCUCCACCAGCACCGUGGAGAACGGCUGGAGCUCUGCGCAGGUCGAUGAGUUAGUCCAGCGAGCUGCCAGGCCUUCACAUGCAGGAGGAGGAGGAGACAGCGGGAGGGGUCAGGUGACGGUAACCCCGGUUCCGCGUCAAGCUUACGUUUCUCCUGCUGAUGUUGACGAUCUGUCGCCACCCUCCUGUGCCCCACCAUCCAUUCCUUCCAGUCCACCAGCCCAGGUCACCCUCCAAAGGGAAACCCGGCUGGGCAUGAUGCCCCCUCCCUCUGCUCCCAUUACAACCCAACCAGGUUCAUCAGCCAAUCAGAGCAACGAGCUCAGCCCCAUGCCCCAAGCCAGCACGGAGCACCCCGUCACCAUGGUGUUCCUCGGCUACCAGGACGUUGAGGACACAAGUGAGAGCAGGAGGCUGCUCGGCUUUGACGGUGCGGUCAAGGCCGAGGUCGUGCUCAUCGACGAAGACGACGAGAAAUCCCUGAGGGAGAAGACGGUCACCGACAUCUCCAUCAUCGACGGCACCGCCGCCGACCUGGUGUCGGGACGGCCGGCCACGUCCGAGGCCGUCAGCACGGAACUGUCGUCUGACGGGCGCGAACCGGACAGCGCGUCCUCACCCCCUGCAAACCCAGAAGCAAACAUAGCCCCGCCGCCCGGCCUCACCCCCGCCACAGGCUACAACCAAGAGGCCACCAUAAAGACAGCAAAUGGCUUUGAAGCUCCUUUUCCAAGGAUAGACCACCAAACUGCCAUGAACCCUUGGUGGGCAGCCGAGGAUGCCACUGACGCUUCACCAAGAGAGCGAGCCGUGAAGAGUGUCAGUUUCCAGGAAUCAGUCAGCGUUAUCACUGACAGGCCUGCAAACAUGGAGCUGGAGAGCCAGCAGAUCCAACAUGGCUGUCUCAGAAGCCCCAGCAACCAAGGCCAGAGUGUAGUUGUGGAAGCGGAGACGCCAGACAGCGAGGUGAUGCAAGAGAUCUGCUACCUGGACCAGGUGCUGGACGCAGCUUCAGAGACUCCCACCAAUGGAAACCCCUCCCUGUCAGAGCAUAAAAAACCAAUCAGUAUCAACGGCACAUCUUCUUCUGUGUGUGUCUCUGACAAUCGCCAAUCAAUCACUGUGGAGGAGCAAAGGUCGAGCAUGUUCCCCGGCGGGGAGUCCGCCGUAAGAACUAACGGUCACGUCCAGGGAGAUGAGUCGGGGCACGGCGCGGUCAAGUUUGAGUUGCGAGCGUUUCAGGAGGAGAGACGACCAGCAAAACUCUUCACACCGGGAGAGGAGCAGCAGGUCAGGGUGACGAGGAGGCGACCGUCAGAGGAGGUUCAGGAACUGGAGCGCGAGCGCCAGGAGCUGAUCAAAGACCAGGCAGUCAAGAAGAACCCUGGGAUUGCACAGCGCUGGUGGAAUCCUCCUCAGGAGGUGCCUUUGGAAGAGCAGCUGGACGGAGACCAGUUGGAAUCUCUAAAGAAAUAUCAGGAGAGAAAGCAGCGGAAACAAAAUCAUCCCUAUCCAUAUGCUCAGCCCCACAUGUCCGGUCCCCCAACGAUGGUGACCUUUGAUCCUGAUGUAACCAGGAAGGAGGACAUUCUGGAGGAGCAGAUUGAUUUCUCAUCUGCCAGGAAGCAGUUUCUGCAGGGAGACGCUGCCAAGAAGAGCAUAACUCCUCAAUUGUACUCUGCCAAACCUUUCUGUAAAUCGGGAACCAGGAGCAGCCCAGGCAUCAGCGAGUUUGUUGCAGAAACCGGAGAGACUCACGUGACGUGGUCUGAUGAGGGGCUGGCAGAAGAAUUUACCUGCGCCCGAGCCGUGAUGACGAUCCUGCCGGAGCAGGACGAAGGAAAAGAUCUCAGCCAACCGUUCCACCCAGAAGAGUUUGACUCUGGGUUGGAUGAGCUGUCCGUCCGCUCUCAGGACACGACUCUCUUCAGUUUGGAUAAUGUUUCAGACAGCGGGGCGUCUCUACCCCCGACUCCAUUACCACUCACCCCAGUAUCGCCGCCCACCCCUCAGCCCACAACUCCGGUCAACGGGCAGAGCGCCGGCGGCGGCCCAAACGAAGACGAGUUGGAGUUCCACGCCGGGGUCCUGGUCCAAAACGCCAUCCAGAGCGCUCUCGCCGCUCAGAAUGGAGGUGAGCUGAACUCCUCCCAACUUAGCGGCCCGGUGUCUCCAUCCUCUGCCUCCACAAGCAGCCCAGUGCCAGUCUCAUCCUCACCUGUGUCUUCUACUGGAGCUCCCAGCUUCCAGUCGCCUGCGUCUUCCAGUCCCGCGCCGUCCAUCCCGUCCCCGCAGCCGGACACACAGUCUGGUGAAAGAGUGGCGUCGGAGUCCUCCAGCUCAUCCCGACUUUCCCAGCUCCAGACUCCUUCUCCUCCGCCUUCCCAGCCCGUUUCCCCACCGCAGAGGCCCAGAAACGGAGGCCCACGGAUCAAAAUCCAGUCGUCCUACACGCGGGCGCUCGCCUCCUCGGCUCCAGCUCCGACCCCCGCUCCCGCUCCCGCUCCUGUUCCGGCUCACGUCCCCAGGCCGACCCCCGUCUACCGCCCCCCAUCUCCUCCGAGCCCGGAGAAGCCGGAGUUCAGCUACUUCAGUAAGUACUCUGAGGCGGCUGAGCUCCGCAGCACGGCGGCGGCGUCUAAAGGCCCCGAGGUGGAAGCGGCGGCUCAAGGCCCGUUCCGCCUGCGCUCUAAAAAGCAGAAAACUUUGUCCAUGAUUGAGGAGGAGAUCCGAGCCGCUCAGCAGAGGGAGGAAGAGCUGAAGAAGCAGCGGGAGACGCAGCCUGCCGUCGUCUUCCGGCCCAGCGGCGCGCCCAGCAACAGUCACGGACCAGUGAGGACGGGAGUGAGACAUGGCACCAUUACACCCGCAGACAAGAUGAAGAGCAACAGCCUGCCAGCUAGACUCACCUUGACAGCACGGACGGCGCCAGGGAAAAUUGAGAAAGUUCGGCCCGCACCGCCGGUCUCCCCCUCCCCCUCAGAAGGGGCUCUGUCUGAUGCCGGCAGCGAGGAUUCGGGAGGAUCACGACCCAAAAACUUGAUGCAGACGCUUCUGGAAGAUUAUGAAACGCACAAGGUGAAGAGAAAAGAGAAGAUGGAGGACAACAGUUAUGCACAUUUGUUGCGGGCUAAUGAAGUAACCACUGAGGUUCUGGAGGCAACAAGGAUGACCAGGAGGAAGAGCAACAUGGCGCUGAAGUGGGAAGCCGGUAUCUAUGCCAACGAGGAAGGAGAGGAGGAGGAGGAGGAGGAGGAGGAAGAAGAAGAGGAGGAGGAAGAGUGAACAACUCUUUUCAGGGACUGUGAAGAAGGAGACAGAGUGGGAUGAUGAGGAUGACGGGGGCAAAAGAAUGGAAAAUUAACCAGUAUUUAUUAUGCUUAACUGUAUCCUGAUGAUCACAUGAUGCCAGAUGAGACGCAUCAGUUUAGGGACCUGAGAACUGAAGGUGUAACGGUGAGGUUGAUAGUUGAUAGCUGACAUGUUAGAAGGGUUUUUACGGAGGUUUGAUGAUGAGGUUUCCACAACCUGGUAGACGCUGAGUGACUUCAGUCUUUUUUUUUUUUUUUUUAUCUAUUUGCAGUUUAAUGAUUGAACUAAGAGCUAAGAUGUAAAGAUUGUUUCCAGAGAGUUUCUGAAUGGACUUGCGGUUGUUUUAGAAAACCCUGAAGUCUCAACAGGAAGAGAACCAGGUGUGUGUGCGCGUGCGUGCGUGCGUGCGUGCGCGUGUGCGUGUGUUUUUGUGGAAAGAAAGACGAAGCCAAGAGAAAGCAUGAACACACUUUUGACAUUUCCGACAUUUUUGAACCUUUUACAACGCUGCAGAAGGACCACAGUGUCUUUGAGGAACUCAACCAAAGGGCACCACUGACUCUCAAACCCACGUUGUUUUAGGAUGUGCACACAUUUUGUCAAGUGUUGGUGGGAACUUCUACACUUGUUUAAGCAUCUUUAUUAAAUUUAAAGUGCCGGAUCGACAGCAUCCCUGGAUUGUUAAAUGCUGGUAAGUAAAUCUGCCACACAAAAAAAAAAAAAAAUAGCAAAAACUAUCUCUGCCUUAGACUAUCAGUAGUUGCUGCGUAUGAUGUAUUUGAUUCUCUUCUAUAUGUAUCACUUCACCUUCAAUAGGACCUAGAGAGAAGACGGAACCACAUCAGACUGAAAGUUUGUCUGUAAUCUCUAAAUUUAACAGAUUUUUUAAGAUUUAAGGUAGACUUAAGUGUUUGUUUUAUAUUCUGAAGAUCACUUACUUCAAUUUAGUUGGCUUCGUUGACCUGUGCUUUCAGAUGUAAGAGGUUGUUUCAUGUAUUACAGAGAAGUGUUUCUAAUGUGUGAACAUGUGGCUGAGGAUACAAUUUGACUUGGAAUACUGAAAAUGUUUUGUAUAAAAAAAAAAAAAAAGGUCGUUAUACCAAAACAAAUUUUUAUUUUGAGG